CAUACCACCACCACCAUCAACCCCUUAUUGGGUUGACAGGAGAAAGACUUGAAGCAGUACAUGGACGAGUGCAGCUCAUACAUCAGCAUGAACAACGUCAAGUUGUUUCUGUUCCAGCUGCUGCGCGGUUUGGACUACUGCCACUCACGCAAGGUCCUCCACCGUGACCUCAAGCCCCAGAACCUGCUCAUCAACCAAUAUGGCGAGCUCAAACUCGCAGACUUCGGGCUGGCGAGGGCAAAGAGUUUUCCCAUCAAAACAUACAGCCACGAAGUCGUCACGCUCUGGUAUCGCCCACCAGACGUGCUGUUAGGGUCGGUCAACUACUCUGGAAACAUCGACAUGUGGGGUGUUGGCUGCAUCUUUGCGGAGAUGAUCUGUGGGCGGCCGCUGUUUCCCGGACAGGAGGACUGGGAACAGCUCUCCAUCAUCUUCGAACUCCUGGGCUCCCCAAACGAGACGACGUGGCCUGAGCUGACGUCACUGCCCCAAUUCGAUGACCGGAAGAUCGGCACCUUCCGCCGCCAAAACCUCGCCCCCUUCCUUCCCCGGUCCGACGCCUAA